AGAAGUAUAAAUACACCCUUGUGCAAUGACAAAUACUAGUGAACUAUUGUCCAUAGCAACAUACGUACUGUGUGUGUGUGUGUGUGUGUGUGUGUUGGCGGAGGGCCUGGUGUUGUGUUUGGAGUGUGUACUGCUGAGCUGUGACUGUUUACAGCGGAGUAACAUGAGGAGUUGACCGGGUUGUCCCGCCUACACCAUAACUCUAAAUGCAGAACCACAGCUGUGUUUCCACGUUUGAGGCGCUAAGCAAAAUAGAGGACACUAGACUGGGGGAAGACAUGAACAAAUGGAGAUUAAAAACAAUGUGUUUACGUAUAGGAAGGGAAUGGAUCUUGGUGACUUACAGGUGGCCGUGUGUCCCAGCCGCCUCCAGGUGUGAGAUGAACCAUGGAAAGGUGCAGGGGUCCGCUCACUAGCCCAGCUCGCAUCCGCCCAACCGACCGCAGCCCGGGGGGGUCCUGCAGCAUGCAGCGGUGCUCUCACUAGCACCCAGUGGACCUGGUCCUGUCCUCCUUACCUGGGGCCAGGGCUGCAGAAUGCUCAGUUCUGUCACCCCUUACAGUCUAUUGAAGAUGCACUGGUCUCCGGAGCACACCGCCCCUAUAACUCAGUGGCCUGAGCAGCACCUAGACGUCACCUCCACCACUUCACCCCCGUCUGCCCACAAACAUGAGCCCUACGCCUCUGCCGCUCGCCGAAAUUACGCUCACACAGGUUACCCAUGGGCCAGUGAUGACAUAUCAGCCCUUACUGCUUCUUCGCUUCUCAAGCGCUACGCGGAGAAGUACUCGGGACUGGAGCUCCCCUACGAGCGUCCUGCUCCAGGGGCCUACCCAGAGCCUGGAGCUUUUCUGAAAACUGAAUCGGAACCCUGGGCUCUUAGCCAGGGCAUCGAGUGCUACCCCGGACUUGAAGCGCUAACUGGCACCAAGGUGGGCUCAGGAUCUGUGGGCAUCCCGACCACAGGAAGUGUGACUGUCGUGAGCAGUAACUUGGCCACCGACCCAAGCUACAGUGCUGCUGGCUCCUGCAGUGCCCCGUCAUCCCAGGACUAUCCUCCUGCCUACAACAGCACCUACCUGUCCUCAGGAUACUGCCCUCAGCCAGGCACAGCACUUCCCCAUGCCCCUCUUCACUCUUUGCAGGCCGGACCCACUCUCGUGCCCAGCUACAGCGCCAGCACUCCAGUCUACAACUACCCGCCAGGAUGCUACCCCCAAAACAGCCUCUCUUCCAGUUAUAGCCACCCCAGUGCUUCCUACUUACCCCCAGGGAUUAGUGCCCCUACUCCUCUGGCCCCCAGGCCCACUAUGGUGGGGGGUAGUUACAGCUACCCGUCGCACAGCCUCGGGGGGGGCGCCGAGUCUGGAGCACCGCUGAAACGCAAGGCCUUUGAGAUGGGAGAAGACGGACAAGAGGGAGGCGAGGUAGAGGGAUCACGCUACAGAAAAUACGGGAACGGCCUCAGCAAAGGCAACGGGCACGGCAACGGCUACGACGGAAGCGGUUCCGGUUCAGACCCGCAACCCUACAAACCUGGGAAGCCCCUCAUGUCACCCUCUUAUCGCGGAACAGGGGAUUACAGCCCCCCAUCUCGCCUAGCGGUAGAGAACGCGGCCGGCGAGCACAGCUUUUCUCAUCAGAGGAUGCCUAUGAAGAUACCGGCAUCACACACCCAAGCGGAGGACCCCACCGGGGGCCACUGAUGACCCACACGGCUUUUAAGAAGAUUCCCUUGUGUUUGGAACCAGGGGUUUUAACCCCAAAACAGUUGGUGAUGAACACUGCAAGUAUCAACAGAUACGUUUGAAUAUCACCUGCAACCACAAGAGGGCACAAGAUUAAGGUUUAUUAUACAGUACCUCAUCUUUUUCAUUCUCCAUGUUUUCCCAAAGAUACACACGGGCAUUUUAUGAUGUAAUGUUAGGGUAAGGAAUUCUCUGCAUAGAUAAAGAAAGUUGAAAUGUAUGCUUCUCUCAGGAUCUAUUUAUUCCUUUCUGCUACUGUGGCAGCACCGUGGAAAUGUUGCUUUUUUGGGGGGUUGGCAUAAUUAUUAUAUGUGGCCAUGAGUUUUAAUAGGCCCAUGACUGCAAUGUUCUCUACCAGCCGACAAAGAUCAUUUCUGACCAAAAAGUAGGGAGAGCAAUAAUUCAAAAGGUGAGAUUGCCGUACUACUUCAGCACAAUCAUACAGUAGCUGAUUCAGAGGCUUGAGGAAAUGAAUGUUCUUAAAUGUGCCCCCCACCCUCUUUUGCUUCCUGCCUCUUGUUUUCAACCUGUUCAAUGCUACUGUUGUCCUGUUUAUACAAAUCAUGCUGCUUAUGGAAAGCUGGCCUUUAAAUUGUUUUACGACAGGAUAUCAUUCCUGGACAUUUCAAAGUGUUUUGGGCAGUAUACUUAAUGUAUGCAACUUUGGGGCACGUUGUUUGCAUGCAGAUGUUCAAAGAGGCUUAUUCUGAAACUUCUACAAGAAUCCAGCCAACAUUUUGUCUUAACUAUGAGCAACAAUCAUGCAACAUACUGCUGAACUUAAUGUAAUUGAGUGGCUGUGGUCAUUGGCACGUGGCAUGUAAACAUGCGCAAAAUGGGCCUGCUUGGAUUUACUUUACUGAUAUUCAUUGUCUUUAUUUUUGCCUCUUGAAAGGAAGAUUUAUCGUCAUGUUAUUGAAUACUCAGGAAGAAUAUUGUUACCUCAGAAUGAUGAUGAAUAAGAAUGUAUGUUAUUACCUUUGGAGUGCUUGUCGGGAGCCCUUUGGAGCAAAACUGGAGCUGUCGAAAAGCAAAGCAUACUCUGAACUCUUCAGGGAAUUUACAAGGCCUUUGACAAUAACAGUGAAAAUGCACAUACACAAAAACGCACACACACAUGUGCACGCACGCAUGCAUGGACACGCGCGCACAUACACACACGCACACACACGUACACACUGCUUUGUUGCUCUGGGAAUAAAAGUGGCUAUUUGUACCAGGGCCUGAAAUGUUGAAUGUAAUUCAUUUUUUUUUUUUUUUUUUUUUUUUUUUAGAAA